UUUCCAUUUUCAUUUUCCCUCUUUAAAAUUGGGGGUUUCUAAGCGUACUCUGUACAUUUUUGCGCCAGAACGAAGGUUUUUGAUUUUGAAACCAUGGUUGAAGAAGCGUCGGCAUCGGUGGGCGAAACCCUACCCCAAAACGCGCUGGAGACUCAGAGGUCCAACGAGGCCACCAUCACAGAGGGAGCUCAGGGAGGCGCCGAGUCUACUUGCAACAACGACAACGCGGAAGCUUCAGCUGUCACUUCCGACGGAGAUCGCGAGAAGUCGCUGGAGUUUGCCGACGAGUUGAUGGAGAAGGGUUCCAAGGCCAUCAAAGACUCUGAUUUCGGCGAGGCCACCGAGUGCUUCAGCCGUUCAUUGGAAAUCAGGGUUGCACAUUAUGGCGAACUUGCUCCUCAGUGUGUCAAUGCAUACUUUAAGUAUGGAUGUGCAUUGCUUUACAAAGCUCAAGAGGAGACUGAUCCCUUGGGUGCUGUACCGAAGAAGGAGGAUGAAUCUCAGCAAGGAUCUGCUAAGGUUGGUUCUGUUAAGAACGUUGUAAAUGGUGAAUCUUCUACAGCUUCUGCUUCAAGUAAUGCUGAACAGGAUGAAAGUUUGAAUCAUGAGGAAGGAGCAGCUGAUGAGGGUGCUUCUGGUGAAAAAGACCAGGAAGAAGAACAGGAUGAUAGUGAUGUUGAAGACCUGGCUGAAGCGGAUGAAGAUGAGACUGACCUUGAUUUGGCAUGGAAAAUGCUAGAUGUUGCAAGAGCAAUUGUUGAAAAACACUCAGGUGACACAAUGGAGAAGGUGGACAUAUUAUCAGCUUUGGCAGAAGUUGCAUUGGAAAGAGAGGACAUUGAAACUUCUCUCAGUGACUACCAGAAAGCGCUAUCCAUUUUGGAGCGGUUGGUUGAGCCAGAUAGUCGACGUAUAGCUGAACUAAACUUUCGAAUAUGUUUGUGUUUGGAGAUUGGUUCCAAGCCUGAGGAAGCCAUUCUGUAUUGCCAGAAGGCUAUAUCAAUCUGCAAGUGUCGUGUGCGGCGACUCAUGCUUGAAUCAAGGAGUUUCUCAGAAUCUACGACCUCAUCGGCUGCUUCUGUAUUGGAGCAGGGUGUCACACUCUCCUCAACUGUGACUGAGUCUGAUAGUACUGUGACAGAUAAGCAGGCAGAGAUUGAAACACUAACUGGACUCUCUGGAGAUCUGGAAAAGAAGCUUGAAGAUCUGCAACAACUGGCCUCAAACCCAAAAUCCAUUCUCGCUGAAAUUCUGGGAUUGGCGUCUGCCAAGGCAAAAGGCACUGAGAAGAGUGAAUCUUCAGCAGGGCAGAGCUCUUCACGGAUGGGAGCUGCUGACAACAUUGGAGGCUUUGACUCCCCAACUGUUUCUACUGCUCAUACGAAUGGAACUUCCGGAGUCACACAUCUCGGUGUGGUAGGAAGAGGAGUAAAGCGAGUAUUGAUGCACUCAGGCACUUCGGAAUCAAGCUCAGCGAAGAAACCUGCUUUUGAUUCAUCUGAAGAUAAGGGAGAGGGCAACACAUCAUGAAGGUUAUGGAUUCCAGUAAUUGUAUGAAUAGGAUUGAGAAAUCUUCGUUGGAUUCUAGAUUCUAGUAUUCUAUGCAGUGAUUCCUAGUUCAAACUAGUAGGCUAGUAGAGUUUUUGUAUGGUGAUAAAUCUUACUAUCUAGAAAUUGAGAUGAACUCGUCACGGGCAAUGUGUUUAGUUGGAUAUUUUCCAUGCUAUCAAGUCAUACUAGAUUGUGUCCAUUAAA